AGCAUCUAAAGUUCCAACUACAGAAGAGGAGUUGUUUCAAUGGUUGACGGAAGCAAAACGCGGAUGUCUCCCUCAAGAGAUUCAGAAUAGAGUAGAUACUAUUAUUCGAAAUAAAGAUGUCCCAACUAUCCGAUUAUGGGUGGCAUAUAUGUUGGAAAAGUUCCGCUCUCAACGUCUAUUUGGUUGGAGAAUGGUUGAUUUUCUCCGGCAGGCAGGUAUGAUAGUUUCAGUAAUAGAGCCAACUCCCAAACUUGAAGAUAAUACCGUGUCAUUAACUGAAACAGUAAAGGGGUAUUCUUCGAUUAUUAAAGAAGAGGAAAUUUCAGACAUUGCAAAUGCGAAUAUUAUUAACCGCGAAACAGCUGAGCAUCUAGAAAAUAAACCAAAGAAAACUUUGGAAGAAAUGCGAGCAUUAGACCGGCACCAUAUUGUGAAUUGUUAUAAUAUAACACCUGAGUCUUUGACUGAAGAAUUUAUCUCAGAGUUUGGAAAUUAUAAUCAUAUGCGCUGGUUUAGAGCUCUCCAGAAAUUACGAGACGCAGGCAUUAAUAAUGAGACGGCAGUUGAGGCUAUUACCCGUGAAGAUUAUAGAGAUGAUAGGCUCGCAACUGUUACUAGAGCCGAAAAGCAUCGAAUUUGUCUGGAGCUACUAAAGACUUGUACACCCGUUAAAGAUAUUGAUGAUCGGAAUAGAUAUAAAGCUGAUAUUGUUAAAUCGUGCUUAGAAUCACCUAAGUCUAUGAAGUAUCUCCAAGAUUUAGUACCAAAAAUGACCCGAGUUUUUGAUAAUACAGACGCGUCUCGUAGUGCUAAAAAAUCUG